GCUUCAUAAACGGACAACUUGCGAGAGAAAUGUGAAUCGUUACGUGGCGGGCACUAUCGUCGACGAAAUAGCUAAUCCUUGCCGACCCCUGGGCUAUCUUAGCGCGUUUUUGUUCUACGUACAGUACAGCCGCCCGCAUUGAUUUGUUUACAUACUGGACAACCGCACAACACAUCGAUAGUUUCCGAAAAUGGCUGGUGAGAAGAUCAAUGAAGACCAGGUCGCGAAUCUGCUGGCUGUCUUGCGGACGGACGCGCCUGCAGACGUCAAGGUUGGCUUGAUCAAUGGUUGCAAGAGCAGCAUAAAGCAGCACUUCGUCCCGGAACUGUGUAUUAACCCCCUCUUCGAAGCCUCGCGCAUAUCAAUGACCUCCCAACACGCUGCUAUUGUCAAUGCUGGCUUCUCUACCCUAAACCACCUCCUCACGAGACUAUCACGACAAGAACCGAAGUAUGUUGUGAGGGAAGCUGCACGAACAUUGCCUUUGGUGAUUGAGAAGUUGGGAGACCAAAAGGAGAAAUAUAGGCAAUUAGCAGCAGUAUGCCUGACUACUUUCUGGAAACAGGCCCCGAUGGAUGUCGAAAGAAUAGUCAAGAAUGCUGGUAUGGUAGGAAAGAAUGCACGGAUGAAGGAAGCCUCGAUGAAUUGGGUUGUACAAAUGCAUCAAGAACAUGGUAUGCAAUUCAAGCCCUUUGUUAUGACGUUUAUGGAUCUGCUCGAGGAUGCAGAUGGCAUGGUCAGAGACACAGCAAGAAAUUCCGUCAUUGCACUAUUUCAAAAUGCUCCCAAUGCGGCAAAGUCAGACCUCAAGAAGCAACUGAAGAACUUCAAUGUCCGGCCAGCGAUAGUUGCAGCUAUCAUGCCACACCUAGGCCCAGGCGGAGCACCUGAGCCUGUUGAGCAAGAGAUUGCUGAGCAACCGUCAAGACCAACCUUCUCCAAUAGUGUUUCAUCAAUGUCUAGUAUUCGACCUACUACUCCAACAAUCGAAGCAAAAGUUGAACAAGUUGAGCCUUCCUAUGUGAAUACCGCAAGGGAGUUGGAAGACAUCUUCAGGGACAUGCAUCCAUACUUUGAAGGGAAGGAAUCAGAGCAGAAUUGGCUGAAGAGAGAGCAAAGUUGCACAAAAUUACGAAGACUUAAUGCAGGAAACGCGCCUAGCGACUUUCACGAUGUAUUUCUCGCCGGCAUCAAGGCACUUUUGGAUGGAAUCUUGAAAGCGGUCAAUUCCUUGAGAACCAGUCUUUCGAAAGAGGGAUGCAGUGUUGUUCAGGAGAUUGCCCGGACUGCUGGACCUGGAUUGGAUCCGAUGGUCGAAUUACUGCUCCAGAACUUGAUCAAGCUAUGUGGUGGCACGAAAAAGAUCAGUUCUCAGCAAGGAAACGCAACCGUCGAUAUCAUUAUCAGCAAGGUCUCGUACACGAACAGAAUUAUGCAGCACAUUUGGAUGGCUUGCCAAGAUAAGAAUGUCCAACCUAGAACGUAUGCCACUGGGUGGCUAAAGACUUUACUGAAGAAGGAAGCUCAUCACAAAAGCCACAUCGAGCACACUGGCGGGCUGGAGUUAAUUGAGAAGUGUGUCAAGAAAGGUCUUGCCGAUGCGAACCCAGGAGUUCGAGAAAACAUGCGAUCCACUUAUUGGGCUUUCUCUUUAAUGUGGCCUGCUAAAGCAGAGGCGAUCAUGGCAACUCUUGACGCAACUCAGCAGAGACUCCUUGAGAACGCACCAGACAAUCCAAACUCUCCCAAGAAAGCUGAAGUGAUUGCUCCUCGACCCGGAAUGGGAUUCUCCAAAAGCACCAGUGGCCCGCCAAAACCCUCUUUGAGAGAAACCAUGCUGGCCCAGAAGAAAGCUGCAAUGGCAGCAACCAAGAACCUUCCUGCGAGACCGGGUUCGGCCAUGUCUACCUUUUCGCCAAUGCGAACUGUUUCUUCGUCUUCCACAGCUUCCGCUGCCUCUGAUGCACCGAUGAGAGCUCGACCAGAAUCUACAACUGUAGCUCACGGUGGUUUAUCUGUUGCUCCAAUGCGACCAACAAAAUUUCGCCCCGCUCCACGUCCAGAAUUGACUGCGAGACCAGCAACAGCAGGACCCUACUCUGUUAGACGUCCUGCUCAUGGACCCAGCAAUAGUGACACAAACACGAGUCCGUCUACUAGAGUACCGAAGGCUCGAACACCAAGCGCCAGCAGUACUAGCCCACCAAAGAAAGUGCCUCAAAGACCGAACACGAGUCAUUCUAGUCAUGCCAGCCAAUCUAGCCAUGCCAGCCCUGUGAAAAACACUAUCAACAGAGUCGCACCUUCUCCGAAAGCCAGUCCAGUGCGACCAAAGCCUUCGAUGAGAAAUCUUCCUUCUUCAAGUCCGUCCAAAGCUGACGAAGACUUCACUUUGGUGGUUCCAACUCUUACAGGAUUCAAGGACUCCCAGGGCAAGAAUCUACCGCAGACCACUGAAGAUUCAGAUGAGGACGAUAUCGUGACACCGCUGAAGUCCAUGAAGGUUUACGAAGACCCCUUUUCAAGUACAGAUGAUCAGACAACUCCAAGACCAGCAAUUACUGCGCCAGUCCUAGAAGAGGUUGCGGUCAACGAAGACGCUGCAACUAUGGCCAGAAAUGGUGUCAAUGGCAUGAAUGGCACAGUUGGAGUCGAUUCUCCUAAAACACCAGCAAUGUCACCAGAAAGAUUUAAGCAGAACUCUCGAUUAUUAGAUAGCGGUAUCGCCAAGAUUAAGGCCAAAUCACUCGAUGUCCAUGGGUUCCGGAAACUUCAAGCAACGAUCAGAGAUAACAAAGCAGCCUUUUCCGACGACAAAUUCGAUGCAUUACUCCUUGGUCUAUUCGAUUAUCUCGAAUCACCCUUGACUUCUCUUCCAGCAGAGAAGGUCCAAGAUGUCAAGGCUCAGAUCCUGGCCACCAUCAAACUUCUGUACAAGAAGGACCGCGAAGCAUUCCGACCACAUGUUCCCAAAGGUUUGGGCUCUCUGUUGGCAACGCGCAGUUGCUAUGAUGCACGAGCACAUAUUGUCAGUGGUCUUGAACUCUUAGCAGACGAGCUCGUCACCCUCUCCAAUCCUCAACAAACAACGCACACCAUCACUUCCCGCCUUGCAAAGGAGGAAAUGUCACUCGAAGGCUGCCGUACUCUAUCCAUGGGUCUCCACGUCCUCAAGGAACUCCUCGACGUGAGAAAAGACUUCAUGCCAAGCGAUCAGGAAGUGGUAGGCAUGUGUAAAUUAGCAGCGAGAUGCUUAGAGAGUGCAGAGAGUGGGGUCAGAAUGGAUGCUGUACAGCUCUGUGUCAGUGUCCAUGCUCGAGUUGGGGAAAACCGGUUUUGGGAGGCCCUUGGCGGAGUGAGGGAUGAUCCCAAGAGUCUGAUUACUUAUUACAUUGUGAAGAGGCAGAGGGAGGUUGCUGUUGCUGCUUCGUGAGGCUGUUCUGGUCAAGCAAGGAGGCUACGGUAUGGAUGGGUGGCUCUGUGUAUCAAAAAUUCCUGUUCUUGUUUGUUCUUGUUUUGCCGUACCUGGAAGAUUUUGAGAUAGGGGGACCGGAGCACGGAGUGAGGCGUUGUUUAUCCUAUCCGUCCGUCUGUUUGGUUGGUUGUUGGGAUGUGCAUUUCCAUUCGGCGUGGUUUUUCUUGGGUGGUAGGUAGAAGUGUGUAGCUGAAUAGUAAUGCAAUGCAACUGGAAAAAAUUUAUCCUAUCCUGCCCUGUGCUGUCCGAUUUGCUUGCUGUUUUGGGUGCUCACUACCUUUGCAGCAUGCAGGCGGUAGAAUCUCCCAUUCGUGGGUUUCGGGAGUAGCUGAAUGAAUGCCACGUGGAAUUUGGACGAGUGUAGGUAUUUUUGGGUUUCAGGUCUUGGUCCUUUCUUUGGCGAGGUGUAAGUGAGUAAGCUGAGAGUGGUAACGUUUAUGCUUGAUGAUGAUGCG